AUGACCAUCGAGAGCGAAAUCGUCGGCAAGUGGAACUUUGUCUCGUCGGACAACUUCGAUGCCUACCUCAAGGAGGUGCUGAUUUUCAGGAUUGCAGAAAUUCAAAUCAAAAUGAAGAUGUGAACAAUGAAAAUUAUAAUAUAACGUAAAAUUUAGUAAAAUUUUUCGUUGAGUUUUUUGCAAAGGAAUUCCGAUAGUCAGCUGUUUCUGUUCUUUGUAACUCUUUGGAACGUUGGAUCGGCUGAACCUUAUACUUUGUCCUUGUCUCGAUUUUUUUCGAGUCACGUGCCACUUUACAGUUAAAGUUUUCCCUGAGGAACCAGGAAAUAAUGGAACAAAUAAAUUUUGAGGCAACUCUUCAAGCUUUUUGGAAAGGAAUAAAAGGAUAGAAUAGGGGUAUUUUUUUGAAGAGAAAAAUUUUAAAUUUUAUUUAUUUCUCAUUAAUUACGGCGUCUUGCCAAGUUUCAAGCCUUUUUUAGCUGUCCAAUUGAGAUAAACGUAAAUUUUUAUUGAGAGAAAACAUUGUUGAUUUUCAUGUGAAUCCCUAAAAUGAUCCUAUAGGUUUCAUAAAAAUGAGCAUUUGUUCUAAAUAACCACUACAUUUCUUCAUUUAUUGAUCAGAUUUUCAGGCUGGCGUUGGCAUGAUGACGCGGACGGUGGCCACGAAGCUGAAGCCGACUCUGGAGUUCAAAAUCGAGGACGGCGAGUGGUCGAUGACGUCGAUCUCGACCUUCAAGACCCACGUCACCAAGUGGAAGCUCAACCAGUCGUUCGACGACAAGACCGCCGAUGGACGCGAUGUGCGCAUUUUGACUUUGUAUAUUCUGAGUAAAAUCGAACUUUGAAAUGAAAUUCAGGUUCAAAAAUAGUUUCAGCUCCAUUGAAAACGAUGGUACGACAAAAUCUCAAGUCCGCAAAUCUCGAGGACCGUAAUCUUGUGUACGCAGAUCUAAAGUCCCAUAAUCUUGGAAACCAAAAUCUUGGAGACCGAAAUCUUGGAAACCACAAUCUUGGAAAGCAAAAAUCUUCCUUUUUAGUCUUCUUUAUUGCACUUUAUCUACUUAUAUUCUCUCGUUUGGAUCACCGAAUACAAUUUCUGAUAAAAUCUAUUCGCAAAAGCGUUGAUUUUUACUUUCCAAGAUUGUGGUUUCCAAGAUGUUGGUCUUCAAGAUUAUGAGACUUCAGAUCUGCGUACACAAGAUUACGGUCCUCGAGAUUUGCGGACUUGAGAUUUUGUCGUACCAUCUUGAAAACGAGGUAGAACGAGUCUGUAAGCAGCUUUGAAAAUUUUUCUGAUUAGCUGUUUGAUCUAGAACAAGUUCUUGAUUUCUUAAAAUUGACCCUUUUCCGGAUUUUUUGAUGUCUAUCGCCUCAAACUUAUUCGUAGAUUGAAAAAAUUACGAACAACAGAAAAAGUUUGCCUAUUUCAACUGAGCCUGUCUAUUUUCUCAAUUUAUUUUUCACUUUUGCAGGUCUCCGAGGUGUUCACCAUCGAGCAGAACAAGCUGGUCCAGAACGAGACGGGCAAGAACGGCGGCAAGGACUCGGUCAUCACCCGCUACAUUGAGGACGGAAAGCUCAAGAUCGUGAGUUUGUAAAAUGAAUUUCGAAAAUAUUUAGAGGUGAAAUUGAGAUUUAAAAUUGUUUAGUGUGAUGAGUAGAGCUGUAUAUUAAGUGAUCCACGUCUUUUUCUUUCUAGAAAUAUUCAAAAAAACUUGAACCUUUUUCCCUUAUUUCAAUCAAACUGUCUGUUUUUUUGAGCUGCAAAAGGUCUUUCAGACUUUUUUGAAAAAAAAAUUACAAGUUGAGUAGGAGAAAAAUUCCGAGGCUAUCAGUUAGAAAUAAGUUUCGAAAAAAAGUCAUUUUGUACACUUUCUCUAUUUUUUUCUAUAAAAAUAAAAAAAUCUUCCAGGUCUGCGACUGCAACGGCGUCGUGGCCACCCGCGUCUACGAGAAGGCCGAAUAA